AAAUUGAUACGCGUUAUCGUUUUGACAUUUUCGUAAUGUUAUCUAAUUGUUUCUAACCUCUGCAACCUAUGACAAAAUUUCCAAAUUCUAAAUCCAACAAUGGCUUAUGACCUACAAAAAGAGGAAGAUGUUAAGCAAUACAUUGAAAAUUUAGGGAUUGAAUAUAGAUUCGGCUGUUAUCAUGAAAAGAAAUCGGAAGUUUGUCAUCUUUUGGCUGAUUACUUAGAAGCAAUAAAAAAGGAUUAUAAAAAAGCUGCUACCGUUUAUAAAACCAACUGUAUGGACUAUAAGUAUGGUAAAUCGUGUACUAAGUAUGGGAAUUAUGCACUUAUCGGUCGCGGAAAAGACAAACCUGAUUCGAAAGAAGCUUUGGAAUAUUUCGAAAAAGGUUGUGAAUUCAAUGAUCCUACGUCAUGUCUACAUGCUGGGGUGCUUCUUACUGCUACUGGACCCGGAGUUACUGUUCAAAGGGAUGUUCCCAAAGGUUACAAUUAUUUGAAGAAAAGCUGCGAUGCCAGAGAUGAUAUGGCAUGUCAUUACCUGUCAGGAAUGUAUCUUACUGGAGUACCGAAAAAUGUAGCCGAUUUCAAUCCACACAACCCGGAGAAAAAUAAAAAUAUUGAUUAUUUAAUAAAGCCUGAUCUAAAACAAGCAUUUGAUCUUGCAAUGAAAGGUUGCGAAUAUGGUAAUAUAUUUGCAUGUGCUAAUAUUGGAAUCAUCGGUGGAUCAGGCUUCGACGAUCCCAAUUUGUUCGAAAACCCUGUAGAACUGGAUCUGAGUACACCGUUCGGGAAGCCUUCAGAUGUGCUACUGAGUGGACAAAUAGAUGGUGUGCCAUGUGUACUGUUGGCAAGACACGGAAGGAAACAUCAGUAUCAGCCUAGUGAUGUAAACUACCGCGCAAAUAUCUGGGCACUAAAACAGGCCGGCUGUACACAUGUCCUGGCCACUACAGCCACCGGCUCACUGGUUGAGGACUACCAGCCCGGGGACCUGGUUAUACUGGACGACUUCAUUGAUCGUACUUGGGGUAGGAAGUGCACAUUUUACGACCGCACGGAGGGCGGGCCUAGGGGUGUGUGUCACCUGCCCAUGCACCCCGCGUUCUGUGAGCGCUCUCGCCGCGCACUUCAAGACGCAGCCCGGCUGAGAGGAUACAAGUAUCAUGAAAAUGGUACUGCCGUUGUUAUACAAGGACCGAGGUUUUCAAGUCGCGCAGAAAGCCUCAUGCAUAGACAAUGGGGCGGCCAUCUUGUCAACAUGACAACUGUCCCUGAGGUGAAUUUAGCGAAGGAGGCAGGUCUGAGUUACGCGGCUGUGGCUCUUGUCACUGACUAUGACUGCUGGAGGAAGGACGAGAAAUCUGUGUCGGUGAGUGAAGUACUGGCGAUGUUCGCUAAGAACGUGAAGAAAGCGGCUGACGUCAUACUGGAUGCUGUGCAGAUCCUCGCCGCUGACACUGAUCUAGAAUAUUUGGAUGCACACGAGAAUAUGGUGUCAUCUGCAAUCAUGUUGAAGGAGUAGAAGUACAAAGUUAAACUAACUUCAACUGUCGUAACACAAGAACAUAUUACUAUCUCUGUCUUUCUCCAAGAGAGCGAGGGAGAUGCCAAUACUGCGUACUGUUAUCUCUGUCUUUUCAACGAGAGUGAGAGAGAUGGCAAUACCAGGUUGCAACAGUAGAAACUCGCUGUAACGUAUAAGUGUAAAUUUUGUUAUAUCAUGUUAUUAAAAUCAUUAAAAACAUUUUAUUCAA